CAGACUAAUAAUUGUCUCGUGAGAUUUGAUCACGCAGCAGCAUCAUGCCUGAACCAGCGAAGUCCGCGCCCAAGAAGGGCUCCAAGAAGGCCGUCACUAAGACCGCAGCGAAGGGAGGAAAGAAGCGCAGAAAGUCCAGGAAGGAGAGCUACGCUAUCUACGUGUACAAAGGGCUGAAGCAGGUUCAUCCUGACACCGGGAUCUCCUCCAAGGCGAUGGGCAUCAUGAACUCUUUCGUUAACGACAUCUUCGAGCGCAUCGCCGGUGAGUCGUCUCGUCUCGCUCACUACAACAAGCGCUCCACCAUCACCUCGAGAGAGAUCCAGACCGCCGUGCGUCUGCUGCUGCCCGGAGAGCUGGCCAAACACGCCGUGUCUGAGGGCACCAAGGCCGUCACCAAGUACACCAGCUCCAAGUAGAGCUCCACUCCAGCUCUCACACAAAGGCUCUUUUAAGAGCCACCCACCUUCUCGUUUAAAGAGUGAUGUUGUAAAUAUUUAAGCCAUCGUGUGAAUAUACGGUUUAAUCCACAUCGAAUUUUAUUGUGUUGAUGCAUUUAUUUAUUUUCCUCCACCCUAUCACUCUCUGCUGUCACAACUUUCUGCUGCGUGACUUAAGUUAGCCUGCCAUCAAAUGUAAGCAGCAGUCAUCACAAUGUUUUAAACACCGUUUCUUCCUGUAAGAUACUUUCUGUGUAGAUCACCUUAUUAUUCUUUUAUUAGUUAUUCAUUAGUUCGGCUUUUGGAGUUGGGCAAUUGUGUCCGGGACGGACCGCCCACUUUAGUUCAUGACUGACUAUAUUAAAAUG